GAGGGACGGACGGGGGGAAGCGCAGCCGGAGAGUGAAGAUUUCAUGGUGGCUGGACGGAGCUUUAACGGAGUUAUCGGCACUCUGACUAUGACAGCUACCUUUGUGGGAGGAGCGUUCAUCAACGGAACAGCCGAGGCAGUGUACACGUCCGGCUCGGGUCUUCUCUGGGCACAGGCGCCGUUUGGACUGGCGAUUUCUCUUCUUAUAGGUGGCGUCUUUUUUGCCAAGAAGAUGCGAUCUGCCGGUUUCACGACCUUGUUUGACCCCUUCCAACGAAAGUUCGGCAGGCUCAUGUGCGUGCUGCUCUACGUCCCGUCUGUUCUGUCCGAGAUUUUCUACUCAAGCACGAUUUUAGCAGCUCUGGGGACAACUAUUAGCGUUAUUCUGGGCCUAGACUUGCGCCUCUCCAUCCUGAUCUCCACGUCCGUUGCGGUUCUGUACACGUUACUGGGAGGUCUGUACUCGGUGGCAUACACAGACGUGCUGCAGCUUAUCUUCAUCUUCGCUGGAUUGUGGCUGUGCAUACCGUUCGCUAUGACGCACCAGGCAGUGGCGAGCAUCACCGAGGACACGUCCUGGCUGGGGCAGUGGGACGACCGGCUAGCUGGCGUCUGGGUCGACUUAACACUUAUGAUGGCCCUUGGUUCCCCCGCCAUCCAGCCGUACAUCCAGCGGGUUCUGGCGGCUCGUAGCGCACAUGAGGCCCGGCUCUUCUCCAUCUUCGGCUGCUUCGGCUGCCUGCUCCUCGCCGCUCCGCCUGUUCUAAUAGGCGCUAUCGGGGCGUCAACCGACUGGAACCAGACUGCCCUGCGUGUCCCUCCUGUCAAUGAUACAGACAAGAUCGCACCCCUGGUCAUCCAGCACCUCACACCUACAGCGGUGUCCGCGGUGGGGUUAGGAACGGUGUCUGCUGCAGUCAUGUCGUCUGUCGACUCCUCCAUUCUCGGAGCAGCAAGUGUGUUCGGGCGGAACAUCUACAAGGGUAUACUCAGGCGCAAGGCGUCUGAAAGGGAGGUCGUGUGGCUGGUCCGUGUUUCCGUCGUCAUUAUCGGCGCAUGCGCAGCCUUGGUAGCCCUGACGUCACACACCAUCAUCGGACUGUGGUACCUGUCGUCUGAACUGGUUUACGUCAUCCUCCUACCACAGGUCGUCUGCGUGCUUUUUGUCAGGUUCUCCAACACAUAUGGGUCCCUAGCCGGGUUCACAGUCGGGCUCAUACUGAGGAUAGCAGCGGGAGAACCCUUACUGAACAUGGCGCCCUUCGUCUGGUACCCUUACUACAGUGACGACAUGGGACAACUCUUCCCCUUCAGGACUCUGGCCAUGCUGGCGUCUCUCGUCACCAUGGUGAUCAUCUCUGGGAUGUUCCAUGUUGGAUUUCACCGGGGGUUGCUGCCGACCAAGCUGGAUGUUUUUCAAUGUUACCGAAAUGAGUGCGAUCUCACCGCGAGUAAAAAGGAUAUGACUCUGUUUUGCUUGAAAUAUAACAAAUCUUGUGACAUGGAAUUGACUAGUACUUCAAAUGAAGUGAUCGGUGUAGACACACACAAGAAUGUUUGAUAUCAUUUGUCAAUGUUAUUUUGCAUUGCUGCUGAACAAUAUGUUAUACCGCUACUCUCCGAUUGAAACAGAUUUGGUCCGUGUUUUAGGCGUUUUUUAUCGGGCUUUCUAUAUUAUACUAUUUUUGGCAGGCGGACAUGAAGAAAACAGUACAAAAUGGAAAGCUCGUCAAAAAACGCGUAAAAAACACGUAAAAACUGCCGUAGCCGCGGAACCUCAAGCGGCUCCACCCGGCGCCCAAGCGUAUAUUGCAGCUAUCAAGUAAUCCGCACAUCACAGUACAAAUGCACUAGCAUUUUGAAAGGAAAAUAGGAUCUUGUAGAAAAUAACAUACACUAUUUCCGUGCUCUAAUCAACGUCACCGUCACGUAUGAACUUUCGUUCAAAAAUUGAAUCUUGGCAGACGAACGAAAAGGCAAUAGAAAUAUAUGAUGGGCAAGUCAAGUCAAGUCAACAUUUAUUAUGUAUUCCCCGUAUCAAAAACAAAUUGUAUUUGCUGAUGUGUUCUUUUUAUUUCUUCUGUGAGGAACCAAUCAGAGCUUAGAACAGCGUUAGGAUAUUAGCUGUAUAUUGUAAAUGUAUAUGUGCGUCUUUUCUCGCACAAAACACUAUAGUGCAACCCUAAUGUGCGAGUGGCUAGACAAAAGGCUACAUUCUGCAUUUUCGCGAAAAUGGUACUCAAUUGCAUCGAGUGCGCAUUGAUCGUACAAAAAUAUACCCACUGAAAAGAGAAUGUGUCCGAUCUGCUAAGACAAAGUUGAAGAUGAAUACCAUUUUCUAGUGAUACGUCAUUCAUAUGACCAGGAUUUCUUUUCUUCAAGUUUGAACUUCUAUGUACCUCCUUCACUGGAGUGUGAGUUGGUUCAACCCAAAAUAAA